AACCAGGAAGUGCUCCAAAGCCUAGACCGUCCCAUUCACCGGAGCAUCCUCCGAAGGCUGGGUCCUUCAAAGGACGCAAUUGAGGCGCAGUUAGAACCGAGGGUUAGUGCUUAGAGGAAGUGUUUAGGGGAGGUUUGGGAUUUUCACCUGUUAAUCUAAAGACGAGUGGAUCGCGAACAUCGCACCCUUCCUAUUUUGUUUCUUUUAGCCCGGUGUGUUCUACACCACUGCCGCCAUUCACUGGCCUGACAUGAUCCGAGCUUUAACAGCACGUGGUGUCUGAUGGUUCGGGACCACAUCUCAGCUGCUCUGUCCCAGAACCGACCCGAUCCCGGUGUCAGAACCCCUGCAGUAUUUAGUGACCGCCGCUGGUUUUUCAUCAGGCGAUCGCGAUGGGAGCCACCAGCCUGGAAAAGAUCCGAGCCCUGCAGAGAAACCCGGCCAACAUCAGGAACCUGUGCAUUCUGGCACAUGUUGAUCACGGUAAAACUACUCUGGCUGACUGCCUUGUGGCGAGUAACGGGAUAAUAUCCAGCCGUCUGGCUGGGAAGCUAAGAUAUCUGGACAGCAGAGAGGAUGAACAGGUUCGAGGAAUCACCAUGAAGUCCAGCGCCAUCUCUCUGCACUACAGCACAGGUGGUCAGGAGUACCUUCUAAACCUGAUCGACUCUCCGGGUCACGUUGACUUCUCUUCCGAGGUUUCCACAGCUGUCAGGCUGUGUGAUGGAGCCAUUGUGGUUGUUGAUGCUGUGGAGGGCCUGUGUCCUCAGACCCAGGCUGUACUCCGACAGGCAUGGCUGGAGAACAUCAGGCCUGUUCUGGUCAUCAAUAAGAUGGACAGACUCAUCACCGAGCUGAAGCUCACCUCUCUGGAAGCCUACAACCACCUGGUGAAGAUCCUGGAACAGAUCAACGCUGUGACAGGGGCUCUGUUCACAUCUAAAGUUCUGGAAGAACGAGCAGAGAAAGUGAGGGAGGAGGAGGAGGACAGGGACUUGGACCUGAGUGGAGAUCAGGUCUAUGACUGGAGCGCUGGACUGGAAGAGGCUGACGACUCCAACCUCUACUUUUCCCCUGACCAAGGAAAUGUGGUGUUUGCCAGUGCCAUAGAUGGAUGGGGUUUCAGCGUUCAGCAUUUUGCCUCCAUAUACAGUAAGAGGGUGGGGAUCAGAGCCUGGGUGCUGCUGAAGACCCUGUGGGGAGAUUUCUACCUCAACGCAAAAACAAAAAGGAUCAUGAAGGGGGCUCAGGCCAAAGGAAAGAAGCCACUGUUCGUGCAGCUGGUUCUGGAUAACAUCUGGAGUUUAUAUGAUGCAGUCAUCACCAGAAGAGACAAAGACAAGGUGGAGAAGGUUGUAUCAUCCCUGGAGAUAAAGGUGAUGUCCAGAGACCUGCGUCACUCUGACCCUAAAGUUCUCCUACAUGCUAUCUGCAGCCAAUGGUUACCAGUGUCCAACGCUGUCCUCUCUAUGGUGUGUGAGAAGCUCCCCAGUCCAUUAGAGAUGGCAGCAGAGAGGGUGGAGAAGCUGAUGAGUGUAGGAACUCGUCCUUUUGAAUCCCUACCUGAAAGGACUCAGGAACUGAAGACAGCGUUCCUGCGGUGUUCCAGCGGGACCAAUGAUCCAGUCAUCAUCUUUGUGUCCAAAAUGUUUGCUGUGGACAUUAAGGCGUUGCCUCAGCACAGACCCAGGCCUCUGAGCCAGGAACAGAUCGCUCAGCGCAGAGACGUGGCAAGGCAGAGGCACGCUGAGAAGAGGCUGGAAGGUGCCGCGCUCCCAGAUGGGCCCCCAGUAGAAGCAAAGACGCCCAGUCUGCCUCCGAAGGACACAAAGGAAGAGGAGGAGGAAGAGGAGCAGCAGAGGGAGGUCUUCAUAGCGUUUGCACGGAUCUACAGUGGAACAGUGAAGAAAGGCCAGCGGCUUUUCAUUUUGGGCCCAAAGUACGACCCUGCUCAGGGCCUCAGUCUGCUUCCAGAUGGUAGCAGUGCAUCUGACUGCUUGGUGGAGGUGCCCCACCUGUCCUGUUGUACCCUGGAGAAGCUUUAUCUGCUCAUGGGUCGAGAGCUGGAAGAGUUAGAAGAGAUCCCUGCUGGGAACGUUUUGGGUAUUGGAGGUCUAGAGGAGUACGUCUUAAAGUCGGCCACCCUGUCAGCCUCCCCGGCCUGCCCCCCCUUCAUCCCACUCAACUUUGAAGCUACUCCUAUUGUACGAGUUGCCGUGGAGCCAAAGCAUCCAAGUGAGAUGCCAAAGCUGGUCCGUGGGAUGCGUCUCUUGAACCAGGCAGAUCCGUGUGCUGAGGUUCUGAUACAGGAGACAGGAGAGCAUGUCCUGGUGACGGCCGGGGAGGUUCACCUGCAGCGCUGCUUGGAUGACCUCAGAGAGAGAUUUGCCAAAAUUGACAUUAGCGUGUCCAAGCCCAUCAUCCCGUUCAGGGAGACGGUGGUCCGGCCCCCGAAGGUGGACAUGGUGAACGAGGAUCUGGGCAGGCAGCAGAAAGUGGCUGUCAUUCAUCAGGUAAAAGAAGAACGUUCAUCUGAGUCCCAGCAGAUGGACUCUAAUAGACUCGUCACCGUCACCACUCCCAACAAACUGGCGACUGUGGGCGUGCGGGCAGUCUCAUUACCACAGGAGGUGACGGUUCUUCUGGAGAAGAGCUCAGAUGUAAUCCGGACUCUGGAGCUGAUCAACAUGUCCUUCAGGGAGGGGAAAGCUCUGGACAUAAAUCUCAGGACUAUGGAGGCCAUAAAAGAGCUGAAGGACCAGCUGGAAAGCUUGCUGCAAGGAAGGAAGUGGCGGAGUGCUGUGGACCGGAUCUGGGCUUUUGGGCCCCGCAGGUCCGGUCCAAACAUACUCCUGAACAGCAUUAAGGACUACAGCCGAGCGUCGAUAUGGCAGUGUCUGGAAAGCAGGCAAGGCAGUGACCCCACCAGAACUCAGCUUCCUCCACUGCGGGACUUUGAUAACAGCAUCGUCAGCGGCUUCCAGCUGGCAACGCUCUCCGGUCCCAUGUGCGAGGAGCCCCUGAUGGGUGUUUGCUUCUCGGUGGAGAGGUGGGAUGUCCAGUCCUCAGCUUUAUCGCUGCAGCCAGAAUCUUUGAAGGACUCUGUUCCCAAUGGAGCUGAUAGAGAUGUCGAUGGGGAUAUGACAGCAGGCUGUCCUCUGGCUGAGCGGAGGAUAGAGGCUCCGUCUGCGGACUGCUACGGGCCGGUGUCUGGCCAGCUGAUCGCCGCCAUGAAGGAUGCCUGCCGCCAUGCUUUCCAGGCUCAGCCCCAGAGGCUCAUGGUGGCCAUGUACACCUGUGAGAUCAUGGCGACCGCUGAGGUCCUUGGCCGGGUCUACGGAGUGCUGGGAAAGCGCGAGGGUCGGGUUCUACAUGAGGAGAUGAAGGAGGGGACGGAUAUGUUCAUCAUCACAGCUGUUCUUCCUGUCGCUGAGAGCUUUGGCUUUGCUGAUGAGAUCCGCAAGAGAACCAGCGGGUUGGCCAGUCCACAGCUGGUUUUCAGCCACUGGGAGGUGAUCAACAGCGAUCCGUACUGGGUUCCCACCACAGAAGAAGAAUACCUGCACUUCGGGGAGAAGGCAGACUCUGAGAACCAGGCCCUCAAAUAUAUGAAUGCUGUCCGCCGGCGGAAAGGUCUCUACAUUGAGGAGAAGAUUGUGGAGCAUGCAGAGAAACAGAGGACGCUGGGCAAGAACAAGUAGAAGAGAGAGCUUUGUGUCCCUCUGACAAUACUGACCUGUGCAUCUGUGGGGGACAACCCUCUGUAAUGAGAUUCUGGCAUUUAUUAAGGCACGAGCUUUGGAUGAUGUUCAGUAAUUUAGAGUAAAGUCUAUUGAUUUUCACUGAGGGUGGAUUUAGAGCAGCUUUUUAUUCUCUUGAGAUAAACAAGUAAAAAUACCAAAGAAUGGUGUUUGCCUCGUUCAUCACAAUAUGUCAACACUGUCAGCAGCAUGUUUGUCUUUCUACUCUGAGUCAUAAUAAUGUUUUAUCAUUGACCAAAUGAGUUGUCCUCUGGAACCAUGUGACUCUUGGUAGUUAUUAUAUACAUUUAUGUAUUUUUCUACAAUUAUUUAAAAAAAAUCCACAUAUUUCAUCAGUCUGAUAAUUUUGCUUUUCGUUUAAACUAAAUGUAUAAUUGAUUGGCCAAAUAAAAUUGUAACAAUCGUCUCA